AGGGUUCACUGGGUGUGUGCCUUGCGGAAGAAACCCCGAGCCCCAGACCAAUGAGAACCCCAGAGGGGUAAGACGGGUCAUUUCCUCUCUGGUUAUCUGCACCCUCCCUUGGGGCUUGCAAGCCACAGCCCUUGGGAGCCUUUGAUCAGAGGAGAAUCUGGGAGAGACCUGAAGAUGGACUCCAUGGCUCUCAGCACUCCUGAUUACUCUGAUUAUGACAAAUGGACCUCGAACCCCGACGACCGGGUGGAUGACUCUUCCUACAGCCACAGACUGCGAGCCCCAGAUGUGAUUGCCCUGGUGAUCUUCGCGGCCGUCUUCCUGAUCGGGGUGCCUGGCAAUGCCAUGGUGGUCUGGGUGACAGGGUCCGAGGUCAAGCGGACCGUCAACGCCAUCUGGUUUCUCAACCUAGCGGUGGCCGACUUCCUCUCCUGCCUGGCACUGCCCAUCUUGUUUACAUCCAUUAUCCAGCAGAACCACUGGUCCUUUGGUGACGCUGCCUGUCGAAUCCUGCCAUCUCUCAUCCUUCUCAACAUGUACGCCAGCAUCUUACUCCUGGCCACCAUCAGCGCCGACCGCUUCCUGCUGGUGUUCAAUCCCGUCUGGUGCCAGAACUACCGAGGGGCCCGUGUGGCCUGGCUGGCCUGCACCGUGGCCUGGAGCUUGGCUCUGCUGCUGACCAUACCUUCCUUUGUGUUCCGUCAGGUCUACGUAGAGCACUACCCGCCCAAGACGAUGUGUGUCGUCGCAUACGGUAGGGGCCAUGAAUAUGCGGAGAAGGCCGUGGCCAUCGUCCGGCUGGCUGUGGGCUUCCUGGGGCCGCUGGUCACGCUUGCAAUCUGUUACACCUUCCUCCUGCUUCGGGCAUGGAGCCGCACUGCCACGCGCUCCGCCAAGACGCUCAAGGUGGUGGUGGCCGUGGUGACCAGCUUCUUUGUCUUCUGGCUGCCCUACCAGGUGACGGGGAUGAUGCUGGCCUUUUUCCAGCCGCAAUGGGACAGCUUCAAACUCGUGUCCAGUCUAGAUGCCCUGUGUGUCUCCCUAGCUUAUAUCAACUGUUGCAUUAACCCCAUCAUUUAUGUGUUCGCCGCCCAGGGCUUUCACGCCCGGUUCCUGAAGACCCUCCCCGCCAGGGUCCGCGGCGUGUUGACUGAAGAGUCGGUACGCAGGGAGAGCAAGUCCCAGACGCUCUCCACGGUGGACACCCCGGCCCUGAAGAGCCAGGCGGUGUAAGGGGAGGCCUCUCUGAGCGCCAGCUUUCCGGGGCUCCGCCAAACUUCUGGUCCAUUCACUUUGCUUUUUGAAACUCAGCCCGGGACAAAGUGGGCGGUGUUGGUUGAACGAAUUCGCCACCUUUUCCUUCCAUUUUUCCUGGACUAGUCCUGCUUCUUCUAGGCGAACCCAUCUUACCGUUCUUCAUUUUCCAAGGUUGAUAAGUUCUUCCAGGACCCUUCCCCGCCCCAACCUUUCCAUUCAAGGACUUUGGAAAACAAACAGCAACCAACAUACCUGGAACCCUCCCAUAGAAUAAGACGUUCCUGUGCAGAGCGUGUGAAGAUAUCAGAUAGCAGAACAAACAGAAACACUCCAACUUUGAACAACAACGAAAAAAGAGUUCUGUAUUUAUUUUACGGAGAGUUGACAAAAAAAAAAAAAAAUCUAUGUAUAUAAAACUGGAAUCUCAAAAGUUGUUCUUGUUUAGGACAAAGCAAAAAUCCAUGGACUGGGCCUCACUGGUGGCUCAGUGGUAAAGAAUCUGCCUACCAGUGCAGAGGACAGGAGUUUGAUUCCUGGUCGGGGGCGGGGGGGCGGGGAGAUCCCACGAGCCUUGGGACAUCUAAGCCCACGUGCCACAACUGUUGAGCCGGAGAGCCCGUGCUCCACAACAAGAGAAGCCUCCACACCAUAAAUAGAGAGUAGCCCCUGCUCGCCGCACCUGGAGAAAGUCCACGCAGCAGGGAAGACCCAGCACAGCCAUAAAUAACAAAAUAAAUAAAUAAAUAAAAUUUUUUUUAAUUCAUGGACCAAUCUCAGCUUUGGAGCGUGAGUUGGUUUAAAGAGAAACAGUAAGGGCCUUCCCUGAUGGUCUUGUGGUUAAGACUCCAUGUUUUCACUGCAGGGGGUGUGGGUUCCAUCGGGGUCAGGGAACUAACAUCCCACAUGCUGUGUGAUGUGGCAAAAAAAAAAAAAAAAAGAGAGAGAGAGAAGCAGUAAGUUAGUACAUUACUUCACUAGGUUAAAAAAAAA